AUGGAAAUGUGUGAGCGGAAUCCUUUAAAUCCCGGCUAUGUUGGUUCUCUGUUGAAUUUUGCGCCCCCUGAGUCGCUAUAUUUCUCCAACUUGCGGGGUAAUGGAGCUCAUAUAUCCGGGCUGCAUCAGAUCCCUUACAAUAGGAGGGACGUGUGCACGCUUCCGUGGACUUCCUCAAGUUCGUGCACGUCCGGAUCAGCCGCACCACCACCACAGAGCCGCGCCUUUGGGGGCUACUGUCCGCCGUUUCUGUCCAACUCGGUGUCUAUAAAUACCAACUCCUGCAGCGGUCACGUCAAGGCGCAUUUGGAGGAGUCUGCUCGAUGCUUUCAGGACACAAACCACAAAACAGAAGAUGCGGUUUACGCCGGGGAGCACGAAACCGCCGGGGACCGCGGCUACUCAGACCUGGACAGCCGGUCUCACGCUCCUGCGGCCCAGAUUGAUGCGGAUUCAGCAGCUCGACUACAUAUGAACGACACCAAACAGGAGCAGAAUCCCCUUCACCCAUCACUAAGUAACACAUGCUCCAAGACUAUUUUUGUUGAAGGUGCACCGUGGUGCUCGUCCCAAGUGAAAACCAGAAAGAAGAGAAAACCUUACUCGAAGCCACAGCUGGCUGAACUUGAGAAUGAAUUUAUGAUGAAUGAAUUUAUUAACAGACAGAAAAGGAAAGAGUUGUCAGACAGACUGGAACUGAGCGACCAACAAGUGAAGAUAUGGUUUCAGAACCGGAGGAUGAAGAAGAAACGACUGAUGCUGCGCGAACAGGCUUUCCACGCAUACUGAUGACCUCUGGACUUGAUCAUGACCAUCAGUACACAGAAUAUAUACUGUCGUACUAUGAAUGUUGCAGUUUAUCAUAAGCCCUUUGACAUGUAUUUAUACUGUUGUGUAAAAUGUUUCUGUUUCUGUCAGAUAUGCUACAGUUUUUAUCAGCUCACAAGAAGUUCAGUUAAAUUAAUAGUAGUAAAAAAAAAUGCAUUGCAGAUGCAGAUAAAACAGAUUUUUCCCAAAUGUCAUCUUUGACUUUGGGAUUCUGAAAGUGCGCACUAUAGGCCCUGCUUUCUGGUGGGACUCAGCGCGGAUUAAAAAUGAACCUGAUUAUCAGCCAAAUUCUCCUCCAACACAAAUGUCAGGCCUAAUUCAACAAAAUCGUGGCUCUAUGUGGUUGUGUGUGUCUUGUAAGAUGACCUGCGCAUGUAGUUUCGGAUUAAUGUGGACGCAAACAGUCAAGUUCAUGUUUACGGACAGAUAAAACGUUAACAAAAUGUUGCAAAAAUAUAUUAUAAUUGCAUGUGUCUUGUCUAACUGCUGUUAUUCAAUUAAAUGCCUGA